GGUCGUGGCGAUAAGGAAGAUUUUGAGCUUAAAGGGUACAGCAUUGCUGCUAAAACAUUUAUUGACCCACGGUUGGAAAAGAAACCUUAUCAACUGAUCUUUGUCGGUGCCCCUAAAGAAAAUGAAGAGCAAGAGGAGUUUAAAGAAAGACUUUUGCAAUGUGGUAUUGCUAAAGAACAGCUUAUUGUUAGAACAUUUAUAGAAAACAGGGAUAGUCUAAAGGAUUUACUGUGCGAAGUUGAUCUUGCCAUCAUGCCAUCAAAAUCAGAGGGAUUUGGUCUUGUCGCGCUUGAAGCCUUAUCUGCAGGCCUCCCCAUUCUUGUGGGCAGUAGGUCAGGAUUUGCCAAAGCAUUAGAAAAUGUUCCUAAUGGUUAUUCAUGCAUCGUGUAUUCAGAUGAUCCUGCAAAGUGGGCAGAGGCAAUUGAAGUUGUUCGUGUCAGACAUGGAAUGCGGCUUAGAGAGAUCAAAGCUCUGAAAGCAUCCUAUGGAGAGGUAUACAGUUGGAGAAAGCAAUGUGACGCCCUUGUGGAGAGGAUGUGGAAAAUGAUC